GAAGACUGCUGAUGACGAGUUGCGACGCGCUCUUCACGCGCGACAAAUCCACACCGGCAACAAAAAUAGACGACCGCGGCGCGGCCUUUUCCACCUUCAACAUCUCCACCGGCCCAGUUUACAACUGCGAACUAACCGAGGCGGCGCAAGCGUUUGUUGCACAAACCAGCACAGGACGAGCUCGGGUGGAGGAGGAAGAUGACAAGUUGUUUUUGGUCGAAGCGGACCCGGUGGAGCGCGAUCCAGUGUUACGGACGGCGGGGGACUGGAAGAACCAGCUGAGGG